AUUUACAAUGAUUAUUACAUAAACAAAAUAUAAUAAAGAUGCACCAGAAUAUACACUGAUAUAAGUAGAACCCUAUUAAAAAUCACAGUGAUUAUAGAGACAUACACUAUACUUACAACUUUGUAUUCAAUACUCAUUGCAUCUUCUUCUCCAGGGAGUCUCCGGAGGAAAGGAAAGAUUGGUGUUUUAUAUUGUUUAUGGGAGUUUUCUUGGAAAUUUGUUGGGUGGUUGGAAUCUGAUGAGAAGGAGGUCUCAGCAUUCCUCUUUGUUGUGUCCGAUGGAGAAGCGGGCUGGGAAGAAUCAACAGUCUAGACUUUGUUUGUUGGCUACGCUGGCUGCUUUCUUGUGGGUUUGUCUGUUGUACUUUCAUUUUGUUGUCUUGGGAGGGAGUUCGGUUAAUGAAUCUGUAGAGCUAGAUCGUGUUUCUGCAGUUUCGAUGAGUAGAGAAGCAGGGGUUAUUAGGCAUUCGGUUACAGAUAGAAGUCCUCCUAUCAAUGUACCUCGUGAAUCUAGCGAUUCUGGUGAUGUGAAUAAUUUUAGUACUCAGCCUAAGCAUAUUAGUCAGCCAAAUGACGACGAUGCACGACAAGAGAUUUUUCAAGAUACUCCUUAUGUCAAAGAAAUUUCGGAUGAUUCCGGGUCAAGUGUUGCUGAGUUGGUUGAUGGUCAAAAAAGUGAUGAUACUUCUGAACAAGAAUUUCCUGAUGGUUCUCAUUCAAGUUUGCCGCAGUUAAUUGAUGCUCAAAAAGAGCAGGCUAAUCAUGCAGAAGUUGAUGUCGGUGAAGCAAGAGAAAAUUUUCCAUUUAUGCGGGCGAUGAGGACUACUGAGAACAAGAGCGACCCAUGUGGCGGGAGGUAUAUUUAUGUGCAUGACCUUCCUUCGAGGUUUAAUGAGGAUAUGCUUAAGCAAUGUAGGAGUCUCAGCUUAUGGACGAAUAUGUGUAAAUUUACUACUAAUGCCGGUCUUGGUCCUCCACUUGAGAAUGUUGAAGAGGGGGUGUUCUCAAAUACAGGAUGGUAUGCUACAAAUCAGUUUGCUGUCGAUGUUAUCUUUAAUAACCGGAUGAAGCAGUAUGAUUGCUUGACUCGUGAUUCCUCAAUUGCAGCAGCUGUUUUUGUUCCCUUUUAUGCAGGGUUUGAUAUUGCCAGAUAUUUAUGGGGGUACAAUAUAUCAACGCGAGAUGCUGCUUCUCUUGAUUUAGUUGAUUGGCUUACGAAGAGACCAGAGUGGGGAAUAAUGGGUGGAAAAGAUCAUUUCCUAGUUGCUGGUAGAAUAACAUGGGAUUUCAGAAGACUAAGUGAGGAAGAAACUGACUGGGGUAACAAGCUUCUGUUCUUACCUGCUGCGAAAAAUAUGUCGAUGCUUGUCGUAGAAUCAAGCCCAUGGAAUGCAAAUGAUUUUGGCAUCCCAUACCCCACCUACUUUCACCCAGCAAAGGAUGCUGAUGUGUUCGCAUGGCAGGACAGGAUGAGGAAAUUGGACCGGAACUGGUUAUUCUGUUUUGCUGGCGCACCUCGUCCAGACAACCCUAAAUCAAUUAGGGGGAAGCUCAUUGAUGAGUGCAAGAGAUCUAAGGUGGGAAAAUUGUUGGAAUGUGAUUUUGGGGAGAGCAAGUGCCAUUCUCCAAGCAGUAUAAUGCAAAUGUUUCAAAGCUCUGUUUUCUGCCUACAACCUCAAGGUGAUUCGUACACAAGGAGAUCAGCUUUUGAUUCAAUGUUGGCAGGCUGUAUUCCUGUUUUCUUCCAUCCUGGUUCUGCAUACACACAAUACACGUGGCAUCUCCCGAAAAACUAUUCCAGAUACUCGGUUUUUAUUCCUGAGGAUGAAAUUCGCACAAAGAAUGUCAGCAUAGAACAAAGACUCAGUGAAAUCCCACCUGAACAGGUGCUGAUGAUGAGGGAGGAAGUUAUAAAUCUUAUCCCAAGACUAAUAUAUGCAGAUCCUCGCUCUAAACUGGAAACUCUUAAAGAUGCUUUUGAUGUAGCAGUGCAAGCAGUGAUCAACAAAGUUUCCAAGUUGAGGAAAGACAUAAUUGAGGGUCGUUCGAAUGAUAAUUUCAUUGAGGAGAUCAGCUGGAAGUAUGAUUUGUUGGAAGAAGGGGAGGAGGUGGGUUAUCAUGAAUGGGAUCCAUUUUUCUCAAAGCCGAAGAAAGAUGGUAAUGCUGCUUCUGAUGGUUCAUCAGCUGAGGCAGCUAAAAAUUCUUGGAAGAACGAGCAAAGACAACACUCAUAGUGCUAGUCCGUAUCAAUGCUUUUAUUGAGAAGGUGGUUUCAUGUCCAUGCAUGGGCUGGCUAACUCGACACGUUUGUUUGUGAAUCACUAUAGCAGCUGACAGUAAAAGUUUCUCAGUUCUGAGAACUUGUUAUUGAAACUUGUAGUUUUCAUUGUCCGCACAGAAAUUUAAAUGGCAACAAAGAGUUUACAAUCUUA